AUGUCCCUGUGGCAGCCGCAGUAUCUGCCGAUUAAAGCAAGGAGAGCUGUGAUGGAUGGUUACAUCAUGCCGAUAGCCUGGUCGCAGGCCCAGGUGUACCCGCCGUCUGCUCGGAUCUGGGGGGUUAUAACGAAGCUGUCGCACACUUUCAUGUCAGCCAACAAGGUUACAACGGAGAAAUGUUUCUUCCUAUGGAGUAAGGAGCUGCUGUACACGCCGGUGUUGGAAGGAGGUGUGGGGGCAAAAGACCCAGAAGCUAUGCUUACCUGCUUCACAGCCAGGAGGAUUGGGUUGAUACUCAAUGAGUCCAGUCAGCUAAAACGGAAUUUGCUACGGCAGGCAGCAGACUUACCACUGGGGCUCGAUACCUUUAUGUCGCACGAGAAGCUUCUGAAAGUUUGGGAGGGGAAGAGCCAGCGGUGGAAGUUGGCAUGUGAAAACUUCAUGCGUUCUCCUCUGGCGGUGACAGGGGCGGAGCGAAGCAAAGAGGAGGUGGGGCUGGAGAGAAUUGUGUUUAACAGACACAUUCUUCGGAAAGGCUCCACGCCAUUUGGGGGACAAAAGGCGGCGAAACGGCUGCGAGAAGUAAGGCUGGGGGAUCUGAUCCGGAAAGAUGAGGAGGGGAGGGGAACGCUAAAGGACCUGGUCACUCUGGAGAGGGAGCUGCUGGGGAUGGAGGCUGCGAAGCUGGCACUGGAGGCCUUUGCUGCAGCACCAGAAGCUUGGAGGGGAUUGCUUCUCUCAGCUGAGUUACCGCAGAUGGGCUUUGCAGAGGUGUAUGUGGCAGGGAGAGAGGGGUCAAAGCAGUUGCGCAACAAACUCCUGGUGAAGGGGGAGGUUGCGCCGAUGAAGUCACUCAGGUCCUGUUGGGGGCAUGGCAGCAGCGGGCAGUCCAGGCGGAAAAAGUGGGAGUGCCCAAAGAUCCGGGUGGUGGUUGCAGCAGUGAAGAAGGCCCUGCGCAUGAUUAAUCCUGGCAGGCGGGCGGAAUCGCUGGGGGACUGGCUGUUCGGAAAGGCAAACUCCACGUCAGCAUUCCCCGAGGCGACUCUGAUCUCUAUCGCUUUGCAUCAACUAUGGGUGGAGAGGUGUGAAGGGGCCUUUCGCGGGUGUAAAUUUCGCACGAGGCGGGUACUGCGGAGGAUUGAAACUGCUCUGCGCAUGCAUGUCAACAUUUACGUGCGUGCCUCAGCGGGAAAGCUGCAACAGAAGGGGAAGGUGCAGCAAGCCAGAUGGCACGUGAUGACGAAUCAGGAACAGUGUCUUCUGAACCGCAUCAGGGUGGUGGAGGGCAAGGGCUGGCGGUGGUCGGCCAAAUUCGCAGCAAUUUGGGGCAAGCCACACAGGCCCCGGAUCCACAUGUAA